AUGGAGGACGACGAGCGCGACGAGCGGUCCGGACCCUCACGGCGCGGACUGGGAUUCCUCGCUCCACCAGCGUACAUUCGCUCGCACAUUCCACAGCCCCAAGAGGCGGCACCGCGCGACUGGGCCGCAUGGAGGGAGCGGAACGACUGGGCCGCAUGGAAGGAGUGGAACAUCAACCCCGCCGGCCACGGGGGACGCAAGGGACCACCAGUCUUCGUGCUCGCCGAAAGCAGUUAUGACGAUCUUGGUCGCAGCGUGCUCGAUGGCUUUGGCGUUGAUGUCGAGGAGGGUUUGAAGGAAAACAAGGUGGGGGACGACGGCGCAGCCGUCGCCGACUGGUAUCGCUCCCUGUCGGCGAGUGCAAGGGCGAGCCCGGCCCCGACAGAGGACCCAGAUCACAAGGCCUCUGGGCCGGCACGCACAUAUGCUCGACCAUCUACCCCAGCUGCGGCGCCGUCAGCCCCGAUCCGCGUCCACCGCUCUGAAUGGUUCAUCCGGCGCGCGCUAGCCUCGGCCCCCAAGCACCCUACACCAAAACCAUCCACCGCCUCCAUUGGCUCAAUGCUAAACAUUGACACAGCGAAACCCGCACCACCCCCAAUACCACGGUACGUUCUCGGUCCCGAGAACGUCGGUUUCUCUCGCCUGGCCGCACUGGGAUGGGCCGGCGGCGGCCUCGGCCGCCCCGAAGGAUGGACAGAGGAUGAGGUAACGGCACAGGCCCCAAGGCCCAGUCCAGAAACCGGCGUGGUCGACCUCACGGCGGACUCUGAGGACUCUGAGGAUGAACAAGAUGAAGAAGAGAUCAAGCACGGCCCGGGACGGACGGCCCCAAUUGCGACUGCACUCAAGUUCAACCGCCUCGGCCUGGGUCGUAUUCCGGCCGAAAAGCGAGUGUCGCAUUCCUAUGCCGAGAUUGAACGCGCGCGGUUGCAGGGCGCAGGCAAGAGACAUGAUGCCAAGACUGAGCCGAGCAAGAAGGCCAAGAUUAAGUGGGCGGAGCAGGAGCGGCGGGAUCGCGAGCACCGCGCCCGGAUCGCGGCCGCGCUGCGAUAG